GAAAAAAGGUAGAGAUAAGCUGCCACUAGUUCUUGACGCAGAGCUGGUCAACUCCGGCUCGGAGCAUCUGAACGACGAUCCGGCUUUGCAUCAGCAUUUGCAUGCCACCGUUUUUGAAGAGGUUUUGGAAAAGGAAGAAGAAUCGGGCGGAAAUGGAGCAAGGCGUCGGCGAUCACGCAGGCUUCCAGCGCUCUCCUACUGGCGGUAUCUGAACCUGAGCGGAGACUCGCAACUGAUCCUUGAAUACAUGCACCGCCUAGUCCCGCGCGCCGGUUCAGGAAAAGCCAGCCUCGAACUAGGCAGAGACCUGAAGUCGAGUUGGCGGAACGGCUUGAAGAGGCGACUCGGGAUCCUAAAGGAGGAGCGAGAAGCUACAGGAGCCAGAGUCGAUCCGGACAUGCAUGCGGAAGAAUAUCUAGUUCAAUGUCCGAUGCCGG